ACGCGACGGUGGCUGCGGCUGUCUGUCUGACGGUGCAGCUGCCGGCAGCUCAGAAGGAUGGAGCCUCCGGGCGGAGCGCGGCACUCGGGGCCGGCGGGCGCCAGAAAGCAGUUAUUGGACCUGCCCUGGGAAGACAUCCUCUUCCCCCACGUUCUCUCAUAUCUCCCUCUGAGGCAACUCCUGAGCCUGCAGAGGGUCAGCAAGGCGUUUCAGUCUCUAAUUCAGCUUUACCUCACCAACAUGCGCUGCUUUGAUUCUAGGCAGGUGGGACCAAACAUUCCGAAAGCUGCAUUCUGCAUCCUGCUAAAAGACAACGAGGUGUUGCAACAGCUGGCACUACAGAACUGUUCCGAUUGGCUGUCUGACAAGGAGCUGCUUCCUGUGAUUGGCCAGAACCAUCAUUUGCAGCAAAUUGAGUUGAAUGGCUGCGUGCAGCUGAGUCGCCAUGCCCUGGUGGCCGUCUCUUUGAGCUGCCCCAAUUUGCGCCGGCUUUCUCUGGCUCAUUGCGAGUGGGUGGACAGCCUCUCCCUGCGGAGCCUGGCUGACCACUGCAAGGAGCUGGAGUCCCUGGACCUUACAGCCUGCCGGCAGCUGAAAGAUGAAGCCAUCUGUUACCUUGCACAGAGGUGUAACAGACUGAAGUCCCUCUCGCUGGCUGUCAAUGCGAAUGUGGGUGACGCGGCAGUGGAGGAGAUUGCCAAAGCCUGUCCCGAACUGGAGCACCUCGACCUCACAGGCUGCCUGCGGGUCAAGAACAACUCCAUUAGGACCUUGGCAGAGUACUGCCCCAAGCUGCGUGCUCUGAAGGUGAAGCACUGCCACGACGUGGUAGAAUCCAGCCUCAGCAUCCUUCGCAAUCGUGGUGUGGAGGUAGACGUGGAACCUCCACUACAGCGCGCCCUGGUUCUCUUGCAAGAUGUAGUGGGUUUUGCACCUUUUAUCAAUCUUCAGAUCUAAUGAAGGCAAGGCACUGUCCAGUGGUCCCUGGUGGCUGCCUGCAGGAA